AUGAAGCUGAAGUCUACAGAGUUGAUAUACUGGAGUGGGUCCGUGAACAACCCGUCAGACCCCCGGCAUCCCAACAAGGUACUCAGGUACAAGCCACCUGCCACAGAGAACACCCCAGCCCUGGAGGAUCCCCCUCUGGACCCCAUGAACCUGCUGGGAAUGAUCUUCAGCAUGGGCGGCCUCAUGCUCAAGUUGAAGUGGUGUGCCUGGAUUGCUGUCUACUGUUCCUUCAUCAGCUUUGCCCACUCUCGAAGCUCUGGAGAUCCCAAGCAGAUGAUGAGCAGCUUCACGCUCUCCAUUCCUGCUGUGGGGAUGUCCUACCUCCAGAACCCCCAGUCCAUGACACCCCUGUGGUGGACACCAUCUCCUCACUCUUCAGCCCGGACCUCAGGACCUAAGGGCUUUUACUAUUGCUUCCUGGGCCAGAAAAAAGGAAAAACUAGAAACUGGUUCAUUCCUCACUUCUAUGUUCACCUCCCAGCCUCCGAUCCCAGUCUGGUGCCUCAGAUUAUCCUGCACCUGUCUGGCUCCUUGUCGUAUUAUCUGUCCUUCCUUCUGGGCCAGGGUCCUUCCCAGCUGGCUGAGACUGGGCACUGA